GCUGUUGCCUUGGCAAUGAGAGGCGCCCGUGUCAUCAUCGCUUGCAGAGACCUGGACAAGGCCGAGAAGGCUGUGAGGGAGAUCAAGUUCAAGAGUCACAGCCUGAACGUCCAGCACAUGGAGCUGGAUCUGGCCAACCUGCGCUCUGUGAGAGAUUUCUGUAAGAGCUUCCUCCAGAGAGAGAAGAGGCUUGACAUCCUGAUCAACAAUGCAGGCAUGCCCAGUGUCCUUGACUGGACGGACGACGGCUUCAGUAUGUGUUUUGGCGUCAACCACUUGGGCCACUUCCUCCUAACCAAUCUACUUCUGCCGCGCCUGAAGGAAUGUGCACCCAGCCGGGUGAUCACUCUCACAUGCUCCAGCUACAAAUACCAGAAACUGGACUUCCAGGACCUCAACUACAACCUGCUGCCCUUCUUCACCUACUGCCGCAGCAAGCUGGCGAACGUCUACUUCAGUCAGGAAGUGGCCCGCAUCACUGAAGGGAAAGGAGUGACGUCUUACGCUGUGCACCCGGGUUUUGUCCAAAGUGGCUGGACGUGCCAUUACUCCAUCCUGUACCGGAUGCUGAUGCAAGUCAUCAUGUGGAUGUUUUUUGUGCCAUGUGAGAUAGGAGCUCAGACUGUCAUCUACUGUGCCGUGUCAGAUGAAGCCGCCAAAAACAGCGGGGGUUAUUUCGUCGACUGCCGACCUGCUACUCUGCGUCCUUUCGCUAGAGAUGCAGGUGUGGCAAAAAAACUGUGGGAGGCCAGUGAGAGACUGGUUAAACUGGCCUGAUAGUGGAAGCCAGGGGAACUGAUUCUCAAAAAGUUAUUUAUGGUUUUAAUAUUUAUGUUUUUACUGGCAGUUUUGUUGAGUACCAUGCGGAUGUCAAGAUCUCUUGUUCUUUUAUUUGCUUUUGUAUUUUAAGAGGAAAUGUUUUGCACAAAUAAAAGACUU